AUGUAUCAAGACUAUGCUGCUCAGCAGCUUGCCAACCGGCUCGUGCAGCAUUACGGGAGGAUUCCUCGUCAGAACGGUUCUCAGAAGCCGAUUAAGCGCUGCCUGGUAAGUCGAUUGGGCGGCGAGUGUGUGUGUGGGAAACGAGCUUCUCUGCUAACGGUGUGGCACGUAGCCCUCGCCGGCGGCCCGGGCAGCGGCAAAUCCACCCUCGCCUCCGCCGUCGCAGACAAAGUCACCCAACAGCACGUCAAAUGCGGCGUCAUCUCCAUCGAAGGCUUCAUGAAACCCAAGUCCGCCUUCUCUUCUCCACAAGAGGUCCAGAAACGCGGCACGCUUGAGUCCUUCGACGGCGAUGCGGUGGUGGAGAUGUUCAAGACGCUGCGAGCGCGUGGGCCGGGGCAUGAGCUGCGUGUGCCUGCUUUUGACGAGGAGAAGGGGGAUCCGGUCCCGGAUGCUCAGUUGAUUGAAGCGGAUAGCGAAGCCGUUGUUUUUGAGGGGUUGUGGUUGCUUGCGGAUCGGGAGCCGUGGAAGCAGAUUGAGGAGUUUGUGGACGAGAAGUGGUAUAUCCACGUCCGGCCUGAGUUGACGCGGGAACGAGUGGCGUCACGGCGGGUACAGAAGGGCAUCUGUCGGAGUAUGGAGGAGGCGCUGAAGUCGUACGAUGAGUUUGAUGCCAAGAAUGCUGAGUUUAUGGACAAGAAUCGAUACCACACGGAUAUCAUCAUCGAGGCGAAUGAGGAGAUGGCGAUUCGGGAGGAUGAUGGGAAGUACCUGAAGUGA